UGUUUUUUUUUAAAUAAAUAAUUAAAUGAAUUUGAAUAUUCCCGCCGGCAUUUGACAAUUCAGUGGCUGGGUGUCGGUUGAUUUGUCAGAUUGUCAGUUAGUGUAGAGUGUGUGCAAAAUGGCUACCAGUGAUGAUGAACCUAUGCAUCAUUUAUAUGAAGUUUUUACAACUUGUUUUAAUAAAGUAGCUAACAAAGCACCUGAAAAAGCUGGAUUUCAACCUCCCUACGGCGGUUUAGAUAAUGGAAUGGCGUACGCGUUAAAUCCCGCAGGUCCGGUUUACACGGGUCCCGGUGCCAGUCCGACACAAGCACCCGCCGAACCGUUUACGGCCGAUAGUCCGUAUUUUCCGUUUAACGCGCGACCCGGUAGUCGAUUAUCGCCGGCCAAAGCGAAAAUUAUAUCCGUCGCCGGCUUAAGGCCGACCAAAGAAGAACCCACAGGUACGGCGACAACACUAGACGGCCAAUGGGGAGUGUACGGAUCCGACGAAUUCCACGAAUCUCCCCGAUACACAUCACCAGGAGCGAACUCCUAUUACCUAGCGACUGAUGGAACGCCUAAUCCCGGUGUGGGUGGCAGCGGUCCCUCCCCGACAGCAGGGGGCGGUACCGGGGGUAGCGAAUGGCCCGCCUCAUAUACAUACCAAACCUACGAAGCCUUCGGACUUAUACCGGAAACAGAACCGCCAGGAGGUUUACCGCCUAUGUCUUCGUUAAGGCCUAACGGUACACCCACCGCAACUACCUUAGCCGGACCCAAUGCACCUUUUGGACCACCCAACAACGACGCAGUAGUUAAUAAAGGACUAGGAGGAUUAUACACACCAGCCGAACAGGCUAGCGCGAGUAGCUACAGUUCGGCACCAUCUACACCAGUCAGUUCACCGCCUCCCAUAAAUCCAGCCGGAUGGUUAACGAAUCACAGUACCCCGCAUUCGCCUCAUUAUACACAAGCCGUUAGUGUAAAUACUACUGUAGCUCCUCAGGGAAUACACAUGCCUCCUGCACCAGAAGCACAACGUUUAGACGAUGCUAUAGGUUUCCUUAGGGAUCAUUCCGAAGCAACGGGUACUAGAAUGGAAGAGAGAUUAGACGACGCGAUAAAUGUAUUGAGGAACCACGCGGAACCUUUAGGAUUAGUCGGACAACUUCCCGCCCAUCAAAUGACACAACUCGGAUAUCCGGCGCCACCCGCCGAAGCUCAUCUAAACGAUAGUAUUAAAGUUGAACGGCCCACGUACAACACGAAAAAACGUAAAGAACCGCCAGAUAUGGAUACGAAACCAUCCAGUUCAGUAGAAAGUUUAGUACAACCAAAUUCAACCAGUGGCCCCCCUCCAAAAUCGACAAAAAGGUCGAGGAGAUAUGUUGAUAAUUGUUUAAGUAAUACCGAUGAAGACGAAAUUGACGACCCCAACAACAAGGCCAUACGCGAGAAAGAGCGUAGACAGGCCAACAAUGUUCGUGAACGUUGUUCCAGUGCCGAUGAAACAGAGGAAGGUGAUUUAGAUCCUGAUAUUAAAGCCCAAAGGGAAAAAGAAAGGAGGCAGGCUAAUAAUGCGAGGGAAAGGAUAAGAAUUCGCGAUAUAAACGAAGCUCUAAAAGAAUUGGGUAGAAUGUGCAUGGCGCAUCUAAAAACCGACAAACCACAGACCAAACUCGGAAUUUUGAAUAUGGCUGUCGAGGUAAUUAUGACCUUGGAACAGCAAGUUAGAGAGAGGAAUCUCAAUCCAAAAGCAGCUUGUUUAAAAAGGCGAGAAGAAGAAAAAGCAGAAGACGGACCAAAAUUGGGUCCAGGACCUCAUCACAUGCUCUCUACGCCUCAUUACCCCACGUUACCUGGGGGACCUACGAAUUUGCCUCACAAUCCAGGUCAGCCACAAUAGCAGUGAUAGUAUAUUCUGCUAUCUGUACAUACACUUUCGUACAAAACGGCAUCAUCAUAUUCUUCAUCUCCAUAUAAACGAUUAUCUAUUUUUUUAAGAAUAUUAAUUAGUGAUACGGUAUACAUCGUAUUUUUACUCCUUUGUUUUAUUUUUUUAUUAUUUACUUUAUACAUACAUAUAUAUAUUUUUUCCACUUUAAUUCGAGGAACAAAUUAAUGUUUUGAGACAGCUUUAUUUAUUUUAAUUUGUCGGGGUAGCUGUUAAUAAGAGAUAUUUAAAAUAAUUGUUCGUAUUCGAACUAGAGGCUAUUUCUUUAUUCGAUAAAAAAAAGCAAAAACGGUCGCCGAUCCAAAAAUUGAACAAAUUUCUUAUAGUGAAAAUAUUAAAUUAUUAAUAGAUCGGCAACGCGCAACUUUCACUUAAUAUCAUCCUUGAUCUUUGUCAUGAAACAAAAUUUUAUUACCGGGUUUGUAGUAAAUUAUAUUUUUGAUAAAUUCUAAGUAAUAAUAAACAGUUAUAUGACAUUGA